ACUUAAAAAAUUUACACACUUUUUUCGUAUUACAAAAAUUUCUUUUUUUUCGCAAAACAUUUAAAAAAUAUUUUUUUUUUUUUCGCAACAUAAAAUUUUUUUACACGCAACAAAAAAUUUUUUUUUUCUUCACAACAUUUUUUUCGCAAUUUUUUUUUUCUCAUAUCCAAAAACAUCCAAAACAUCCAAAACAUUCCAAAAAAAUCAAAAAUCAUGACGAAACAAAGAAACGUAUUAAAUAAUUCUUUAACAUUAUUAACAACAUUAACAAAUUCCAUUACACCUUCAACGAUAUCACCGAUCCUAUCAUCAAUUUCAUCAUCCUUAUCACCAAUUUCUUCAAUAAAUAAUAAUAAUAAUAAUAAUAAUAAUACUAUGAUUUCAUCAUCAACAUCAUUAUCUUCUUCUUCUUCUUCUUCUUCUAUUUUUUCUUCAAAAUUACCAAAAGAACCUCCACCAAAUAAACAAACAAAAAAACAUCAUCGUAAACUUUCAUUAUUAUAUAAACAAGUUGAACAUUUAGAAUUAAAAUUAUUAUUUAAAAGAGCUUUUAUUGAAAGAGAAUUAUUAUGUAAAUUAGAAUUGGCUAAAAAAAUUAAGGAUGAAGCAAGUGAAUUAGAAUUAAAUACUUUAAUUCAAUUAAAUAAGAUUAGAUCAAAAAUUAUCUUAUUACAAAAAAAUAAUAAUGAAUUGAUCGAUAAUAAUAAUAAUAAUAACGAAGUUAAUAAUAAAAAAGUUCAACAACAACAUCAACAACAACAACAAAAACAACAAAAACAACAAAAAAGUCCCAAUAAUAUUAAAAGUAAUAAAAAAAAUAAUAACAAUAAUAACAUUAAUAAUAAUAAUAAUAAUUUUUCAACAAAAAGUAACAAGAUUAUUAAAAAGAAUUCUUCUUGUCCUUAUAAGUUAAAUAAAAAUAAUAAUUCUCUUUCUUCUUCAAAAAAAAGUAAUAAUUUCGAUAAUCAAUUUGAUGAUGAAAAAAAAUUUUCGGCUUUAUCAUCUGAAGAAAGAUUAUCAAAUUCAUCUGAUAUCCAGGUUGAUAUUUGUUUUGAUAAUCUAUCAUUAGAUGAAUUAAUCAUUUUAUUAGAUCAAAAAGAAAAAGAAAUGAAUUUUACUAUUCAAUCAUCUCAAAAUCAAAUUGAAGAUUUAUUAAAAGAUGCUUAUGAUUAUUUAGAAGAAGAAGAAUAUUUAAAAUUAGAUAUACAAGAUAUUAAAUUAGAAAUUGAUGAUUUGGAAACAAUGUGUAUUUAAAAAACAUUUUAUUUACAUUUUAUUACUACUAUAAAAGGUUAUAUUCUAGAAAUUAUAAUAUAUAUAUACAAAUGAAUUGGUUAUUUUUCUGGCAAAAUCUCUCUAAAAAUCUCUAACAAAAAAAAGGAAUCAAAAAAAAGGAAUCAAGCUAAUUAUUAAUUUGGUGCAUAUAAAAUUGUUAAAAUGCUUAAGAUUUCUACUUUUUUAAGAUAAAUUAUGAUAUUAAAAAUAUAAGUUUCAUUUAAGAUAAAUAAAGUAUUAAAAUUCAAAAAAGUCCGC